UCGUUCUACAACUACAGACGCGUUUCGUUUCAGCGGCAGAAAUCGGAAUAGGGUAGCUUUAGACCAUGACAGAAGAGAGUAAUUAUGCUUCUAGUGUCCAUGACGAAACUACUAACCAAACAGCAAUUGGUGCAACAGAUAAUGACUACUACUACCAUACAUCUGUUGAUGGUAAAAAUGGAAAAUGGAAAACCUUUUGUCCAGCGACCCUUUCCAUGGAAUCAUUUGGAUGUUACUUUCACUAGGAAUCAUUGGCAACAUAUUGGUUGUGGUGUGGAGACUUGCACAGAAAAGAGGUCAGAGAUCGUCUCCUCUCUCAAUCCUCAUCAUCAUGCUAGCCGUUUCAGACUUCUUCUAUUGUGUUCACUUGAUUCUUCUUCAGAGUUUGGUGGUUGAUGUUUAUCUAGAGCAAAGAAAGCAUUUGUCAUCCACCACUGCUCGUAACAUGUGCAUGACAAGUGCAUUUCUGUCUUUGUUCUCUUGCCUCACAGCUCAGUGGACAACAUUUAAUAUUGCAGUUUACUCGUUUCAAGCAAUGAGCGAGUUCUGUUCUCGUUGUUGCUGUUCACUAGUUCGCAAGCGAAAUCUGGUCAUCACAAUCAUCUGCCAAGUUUUGAUCAACGUGGUCAUAAUUGUUUCUUACACAAUUGGAUUCUACAUAUACGUUUUUAGAUCUGAUAUUGAUGCCAUGUUUGGUCUAAUAUUUCAAGAUUUUGACAAGUACGUCAACACUGUUUCCUCAAAACGUGUAAGUAUUGCCGAAAUUUUUGGGCGAUGUGCUUGGGCACAGGCAGAUGGAGUUGGAUUUUGUGAUACUUAUUACUUUAAUGAGUCAUAUGGACCCGACAUGCAGACCAAUGGCGGUAAUUGCGGUGAUAUACUAGGAUCAAUCUUAGCAUCUCUAAAUACCGUUCUUACAAUGUCAUGUGCUUUUCUCUAUAUAUUUUUAUGUCUAAAGCUUCGUGCAAGAGCAGCAAACUUAGCAGAAAGAUCUGACAUGCACAAACUUCAAUUGCGUUUGGGUGUAAUUGUUUUCCUAAACACUUUAUGUUGGAUUCCUGUGACUGUACUACAUUGGAUUACAAUUCUUGGCUAUUCUAGAAAUGACAUCUUUUCUUUGUCAAACUUUUCUUGGUCAAACGAUUGUACUGCAGCAAAUGUUCUUCUCAUCUCAAUCGGUCCAGCAGCUAAUCCUCUCAUCUACACAUUCACAGGAAAGAACUUCUUACUUUCAAUUCGCAAUUCUUUCAGACGAAUGAAAUGCCACAUAUCUGGGAGACGAAACAGUUCCAACUACCGUGACGAUCACAUUCCAGACGACUGGCCUACUGAAGAUACUUCCGACUGGAAUUCUGAUCAAAGCAGACUCCUGCCGUCUACCAAUGAGUUAAGUGAGACUAUCUAAUUAGCUAACAGAUUCACAUCAGCUACUGUUGCAUGGAGUAAGUAAGUGGGUAACUGUUAGUCUGUUUUCAAUGUGUGUUGUUACAUUUUACUUUUAUUGUAUUGUAUGAACGUUUGCUUUAGGUAAUGCUUUUAUUAAUUAAUUGCAUAAUAAUCAUUGUUGGUAUUUUA